UAUGGACUGCCACUGACUAUAGUCAUCAUCUCUGCUAUCACCUACCCAGAUGGAUAUGGUACCACACAACACUGUUGGUUGUCUCUGGAGAGAGGAUUCAUCUGGAGAUUCUUUGGCCCAGUGUGCACCAUCAUCAUCCUCAACGCUUUCUUCUUCAUCAUCACUGUCUGGAGGCUUGCCCAGAAGUUCUCUAGUCUCAACCCUGACCUCUCCAACCUACGCAAGAUCAAGGUGUUCACAGUGACAGCAGUGGCCCAGCUGUGUGUGUUGGGUACUAUGUGGAUAUUUGGAGUGUUCCAGUUCCAAGAGGAGGGGACAGUGGUCAUGACAUAUCUCUUCACUAUCCUCAACUCUCUACAGGGAGCACUGCUGUUCAUCAUGCACUGCCUACUGAACAAAACGGUAUGG